AUGGCGACCACCAAGCUGGUGCGGAAGCAGAUCCUGAAGCGAUUGCCAGCGCGGACGGUCUACAACACCCAGCAAGUGCAGAAGGGCUCCUUCAAGCUCAAGAGCAAGCCGAUGAAGGGGCCGAUGAAGAGGCCGAUGAAGAAGCCGAUGAAGAGGGCCCCCCCGCGGAAGAACGUAGCCAUUCGUAAGAGGCCCGCCGCCAACUUGAAGAGCAACGGCCGCUGGCUCUGGAUCGCCGUACUCGUGGGCAACAAGUCCGACGUCUACACGCACCAGGACCUCAGGAAGAGGGUGACGUACAAGCUCCUGCCGCGCAAGGCCGACGCCCACAAUGGCGAGCCGCGGGGUCUCGAAGAGAUCAAGGAGGCGUUGGUGAGCCGCGUGCGCAAGAAGUCGAUGGUCGUGUCCGACGGGUGGACCUCAACGCGUUCAGCCCUUGGGAAACUAGGUUUCGAGAGCCCCCCCGCGGUGGUUCACGAGGGCAACCAGUACAGGGACAAGAAGACUGGAUUCCACACCAACGACGUGGAGUCGGAGAACGCUCGCGCCAAGGGAUGGUCACGCAAGCGUUACGGCCACCUCCACCUGAGCGAGGCAGAGAUGGACGAGUACGUCUUCUACGUCAACGUCGGCGGCGCGGGGCCUGGCCGCGUCCAAUGA